GAGGAGGAGGAGGAGCGGCGGGUCCCGAUCACGUGCCAGUUCGGCGGCGCGCUCCGUCGCCGAGUCGGGCCGCCUCGGCGCCCUGCUUCGGGGGAUCCGCGUUCUCUGCGGGCCCGUGGAGAAGGGGCGCCCACGCGCCGGGCAUUGACGGAUUCCUGCUGCAUGCUGCCGCCUCCCGACAGAAUGCCGGCGGCAAUCGCCGCUCCUGGUGUACCGUGGAUCUUGUGUCUGUGUGUCUUCACGACAAGAACCCUGGUCCCCAAGGCGUGGUCGCCGCGGAGCGUGUAG